UGUGUGGGCCUGUCCCGUGGGGUGAGGAGGACCGUGAGCACCCCCCCUUGCUCGCAGGAUUCAUGGUUGGAGAGAGAAGCUGGCUGAUGACUCUUUAGCCCCGGCUAUGCUAGGGGAAGCUGUGCAAAGAGAAAAAUCUCCACAAUAUUCAAUAGUCCCUAGUUAUUCAGCAUAACUUAUCAUUGAGGGUUGUGCUCUGGCUGACAGUGGGUGCCCUCUUCUGAGGACCCUCGGGUGGGGCAGGCCACAAGGCUCACAGAACUCUGUCCAGUGGAUGGAGAGGUAUUGCUUGGCCACCUCAAGUGUUGGCAUUAAAGCUGAAGGCAGAUUUGGCAGGGCUCAGAUUCUUUCAGGUGAUCCAGGGUCCAGGUAGCCCUACUGGCUUCCCUGCUGGAUCAGAGGUGGUCUAAAGGUGAACAGGCCUGGCCCCUCAGCUCUGGGCUGCUGUCUCAGUUGGUAGCUCUGGCCCACUGAGCACACUGCUCUGGAAACAAAGAGCAGGCAGGCAUCCUCCCCAGGGCUCUGCCCAGGAGCCAAGAACACUAGGUCCCCAGGCUGGGUCCAGAGAGGUAGGAACAAAGAGUGCCAUGUCUUCUCAGCACCUUGAUGAUCCAUGUCUGAGCUCUGACUUGAAUCUGCUCACUUGAACCAGGUUCAUUGUCUUGUGCCUGAGAACCUAUGCCACUACCGUGGCCAGGUGACCAAACCCUUCUCAUGGCUCUUGGAACAUGUGACCCACUUUCUCAAAGAGCAACUUUCUUUAUGGGUUUAACGAUAGAAACCAGCAGCAGCCUGGAGAGAUGGAUCAGUGGUUAAGAGCACUGGCUGCUCUUCCAAAGGUCCUAUGUUCAAUUUCCAGCAACCACAUGGUGGCUCACAACCAUCUAUAAUGAGAUCUAGUGCCCUCUUCUGGCCUGCAGGUAUAUAUGCAGCCAGAACACUGUAUAUAUAAUAAAUACAUCUUUAAAAAAAAAAUGAUAGCAACCAGGCCAGCCCCUGCUGGGCGCCCCACCCCCACCCUAUGAUUACGUAACAAUUGCUCCCUAUAGGUCAUGAGAACUGAGGAUGGGUUCUAUGAUGCGCUGGGAAUGGGCUUUGGGGGGAAACCGCCUCAGAGUCCCCGGGUGGACUUAAGCCUCCUUAACACCAAUGAGCUCCCCCUCCCACACCCCUAAUCCAUCCCCAACCCAAUCCCCGUCCCAGUCCCGGUCUAACCACGCCCACGCUGAUAAUUUAACCAACCAGCAGCUCCCCCCUAGCUCUGGAGGCUCAGCCCCUUCCCCUUCCCCCACCCGGGGGACUUCCUCCCGCCCAACCUCCCAUAACCCCACCCCAGCUCCUUCUCAGCCAUCCUCCCGGGCUUCCUCCCAGUCACCUAGUCCUCAUGUCCAGCAUGUGUCCCGAGGGUCUACUCAAGCCCCUACCCCUCCAGCCUCCAAAUCUCCCUCCCAGACUGGAUUGAAAUCUCUCUCUCGAAACCCUUCCCUGACGCCCGCGGUGCCCGUGAACAGGUCCCCUUCCCACAGCCCUGUGGUCUCGGCCUCCUACAUCGGGCCCAUCCGCAACAUCCCUUCCUACAUUGCCCCCUAUGUGCCUCGCUUCAUGAAAGAGACCUCCUAUUUCCAGCCCCCUACAGCACCUCUUCCGCAAAAUCGGUGCUUUCCCUGUCCCUUUCCUUGCCAGGCCCAGGAAUCCAGUAGGCCGCAGCCACCACCACCACCUGACUCUCUCUACUUCCCCCUCCUCCCCCCACCCCCUCACCUCCCCCAGGUGAACUGCACCUACCCUACACCUCCGGCCCUGUUCACACCCCCAUCCUCCCUCUCCUACACUCCACCAACUGAGGUCCUGCUGAAGGGGAAGCCACACGUGGUACCUUCGGUGCUACCGGCCACCUUCUACACCCCCUUCUCCCGCUUCUACUCCCAGCCCCAGCCCUACCGCUACCACCGGCGGUUAACCCUCCCCUCACUCUCCCUUCAAUACGAUGGUUCUGGACGCUCUGUCCACUUCUAUCGUGGGACCUAGGCC